GAAUUAAAAAUUAAGGAUUCGCUAAAAUGUGAAUUCAAUCUCUUUUUCGUUAAGCUGAUGAGUCACCUUCAUAUUUAGUGUUCUUUGAGAUUAGUGCUAAACAUUUCGGUGUACCUUGGAGCAGGCGUCUUUUGUUAUCCGCGUGAAACAUGUAAACACAAAUAGAGGUGUGGGUUAAGUGUCGAGUUUUUAACGUUUUCCCGACCAGGUCGUCAUGAUUCUUAUCUUACUUUAGCGGCCGGCCUCCAUAACCUGACUGGAAUGUAAAUAAAGGAUCUCUGUGAUUCUACUUUGGUCAACAACUGUUUCUUUGAAAUUUGAAUUGGAUAUUUAAUAUGCCGCCAAAAACACGUUCUAAGUCGUCCCCUUUAUGGCAUCGUUGUGAAAAAUGUCAAGUUGUUCUUCCCUCGAAAGACCUUAACAUUCAUCAGGAAGGAUCUUGCCCGCCUCAAAUCGAGUCUUGGACGCAUGGAUUUAUAAAGAAAAAAGUUCUUUACAGUUGGCUUGGGGAGGUUUCUUCUGCAGAUUCACUGCCUGCUCUACCCUCAGAGGAAAUAGAAAAUAUGGUUUUUGUAUCACUCUCUGCCAUCCAACUUUGUGGAUUUUUUAUUGGUGAUCCAGUUCUGGUGGAAGCAAGAGGAUGCUUGGCAAUCAAAUCAGUUUGGCCCACGACUGAAAAAACUGUUACGUCAGUUCUGUUGACCAAGGAAGGAUUAGAAUUUGCAAAUGAUUUGAUAAAUGCACCAGUGAUUGUAAAAAAAAUAUCUUGUCCAAUACCUCCUGCUCAAGAAGUUGUCGUUCAUGUCUGUAACACAUCCCACCCUUAUGGCCAACAAGUAGCUGAUGUGCUUCUAAUACUGAAGCAUAAAUAUUCUGGAAAAUAUUUGAAAGCUGGUAGCAAAAUUCAAGUUCCAUUCUAUGGUCGCAAACUCAAAUUUAUAGUAUAUGAAGUGAAAUGUCUCCCAACUGUGAAUCAAACUACAAGCACUAUAAAUUCUCCAGAUGCUUUGGAAUCAAUUACUGAUAAUUUGCAGAAUAUGUCAUUUAGUGACAUGCAGUCAGGAAGCGAGGCUUCCUGUUCUACUCCAGUUGGAAAGAAGUCUAAUUUUCAGCUGAAGCGAGCUUUUGGUUCUGUUUCUUCUACUGAUACUCCUGUGCGAAGGCCUUUCCGAAAUAUGUUAGAAGACUCCUAUGCUGGCAGUUCAACUGAAGAUAGUAUUGAUGAGCUGUCGAGUACUGUAGAUAGUUUUUCUGAAUCACCUACAAAAGAAAUACCCAUUUUCAAUUCAGGAUUUUACCACAUUACUCAUUCCACUGAAUGGCGAAUCAAAGAUUUGGACCAGGACAAUAAGGCAGAACAAUCUGUACCUAAGAAGUUAAUUGGAACAAUUGGAGGAUUGCAGCAAGUCAUCAAUGAAGUGAAAGAAAUCAUGUCAUUAGCUCUCAAUCCAUCCAGCUCAUGGCAACAUGGUCUCCGUAUAUCUAAAGGUGUUUUGCUGUUUGGACCAUCAGGCACUGGAAAAACUAUGUUGGCUCAUGCUCUUGCUCAGGACUCUGCUGCAUCUGUCCAUACUUUAAUAGGCUCAGAGCUUUUCAGCAAAGUCCUUGGUGAAACGGAUGCACGACUGAGAUCCUUUUUUACCAAAGCAACUUCAUCAGGUCCUGCUGUUAUCAUUUUGGAUGAAAUAGAUUCCUUGUGUUCCAAAAAGAACAGUAGUUCAGGAUCAGAACUGGAGAGACGCUUGGUCACCACCCUUUGUACUCUUCUAGAUGGUUUAAGCUCCAGCAACAAGAAAGUGUUCGUCAUUGCAACAACUAGUAGACCUGACUCUGUAGAAUCAUCUAUUCGAAGACCUGGAAGGCUUGAUCGGGAAAUAGAAGUCCCAGUCCCGACACCAGAGGCUCGUUUUGAGAUACUUCAUGAACUGUUGAAACCUGUCCCUCAUUCAUUAUCCGAAACAGAAUUGCUCUCUGUAGCCCAGGCUGCUCAUGGGUUUGUAGGAGCUGAUUUAGCAUCUCUAGUAUCUCAGGCUGGUACUUAUGCUCUCAAGAGUUCUUUCGAAAACUCCAGUGUUACCAUCAGAUUAGUGCAUGUGCAAUGGGCAUUGGCAAGAAUAAACCCAAGUGCUAUGCGUGAAGUCUUGGUUGAUGUUCCAAAUGUUCGUUGGUCUGACAUAGGAGGUCAGGAAGAUCUUAAACUCAAACUGAAACAAGCAGUGGAGUGGCCUCUUUCUCAUCCAGAGGCAUUUGAGAGGCUUGGAAUCAAGCCUCCUCGUGGAGUCUUAAUGUUUGGGCCUCCAGGCUGUUCAAAGACAAUGAUAGCGAAAGCCCUUGCAACUGAAAGCAAGCUUAACUUCUUGUCAAUUAAGGGUCCUGAAUUGUUUAGUAAGUGGGUGGGUGAAUCAGAACGCGCUGUAAGAGAGGUGUUUCGAAGAGCUCGUCAGGUAGCUCCUGCUAUUAUCUUCUUUGAUGAGUUGGAUGCUCUUGGUGGAGAAAGAGGAAGCGGUGGAAGUGGGGGAGGAAGUAAUGUUCAAGAACGAGUGUUGGCUCAACUUCUCACUGAAAUGGAUGGUGUCACUGCUCUGGGAAAUGUCACUGUGGUUGCUGCUACCAAUAGACCUGACCGCAUUGACAAGGCAUUGUUAAGGCCAGGGAGAUUAGACAGAAUAGUAUAUGUUCCAUUGCCAGACACUAAUAGUAGAAAGCAAAUUUUUGACAUUCAAUUAAAGAAGAUGCCCAUAUCUGAUGACUUAAAUGUAAAUGACCUUGUACAGAAAACUGAGGGUUAUUCAGGAGCUGAGGUGUUGGCUGUAUGUCAUGAAGCAGCAUUGAAGGCUCUUGAAGAAAAUAUAUCUGCUCAGUUUGUGACACAAAACCAUUUUGAUGUAGCUUUAGAAAUUGUAACACCCCGGACACCACCUUCUUUACUAAAGUUGUACAAUGAUUACUUGAACAGAUGACCUCUAGUCUCAGGAAAUACAUAAAUAAAAUCCAUAUACCGCUAAAAAGUACCUGUUUCGAAGGCCAACACAGUUAUAAAUGAAUGGGCAAUGAUGAUCAAAGUACUGCACACAUCUAUUGCAGUAUCUACAGUGCUUUGCUCGAAGAGGCCUGAUACAUCUGCAGGAAUGGCAAAGUCUAGACAGUAUGAUGGGCUUUUUCUUGUAUUUGUCAAAAUAUGGAAUCUGCAGCACAGGGAAAUACAAAAUCAUUCAAACAAAACCAAA